GAUAAUGAGCUGACCAACUUAAUGAUAAACGAAGAAGAAUACGAGCACAUUAACCCGGUAGUGUGCUUUCUAGCUCAUUAUUUUCUACCACUUAACGCUCAUUAACGUACAAAACGGCGUUUAUUUUGCGCCUAAUUUAAAAUGGAGGACGUGUAAUACUUCCCUGCUUUAGCUUUUCUAUUAUCGUGGUUUUUGCGUGGUGCGCGGGCGGCUGCAAAGCCAUGGAGGCGGCGCAGUGCGGCUGAUACUGUUUUCGCCCCCGGAGCCGAUGCACCAUGAUCCCCGUGUCCCUGCUGGUGUGCGUGCUUGCCGGCUGGUGCGCGGUGUACCUCGCGGACACACUGCUCAAGUCGUCUUCGGCGCAUCGGAUCAGCUACGAGUCAUGGCUGGCCAGACGAGGGUUGAUGCUGUCCCCGUUCCACAUUAGGUGGCAAACGACCAUUUUCAACCGACUGUUUGCGUACUGCGCCCGCAUUCACCCGCGAGCGCUCUACCUGUGGUUCAACAGUGGCCUGGCGUUUGGCGUGGCGGCCAUGUUGGCGUCGGUGGUGCUCCUGGUGAAGACGCUGCAGCAGACCCUCGCUCAGAUGACCACCGACAAUCCGCGUAUUGGAGCCCAACAGGCCUUACAGGUGGUGGUUCCUGGUGUCAACCUGCCUACUAGUCAUCUUGGCUACUUCUUCCUUGCUCUCCUGCUCAGCGGCGUCAUACACGAGUUGGGCCACGCCGUUGCGGCGCUCAGGGAGCAAGUGCGUGUGAACGGCUUCGGCAUGUUUGUGUUCGUGGUGUACCCCGGCGCCUUCGUGGAUCUCUUCACCACGCACCUCAACAUCGUGUCGCCCGUCCAGCAGCUGCGCAUUUUCUGCGCAGGCGUGUGGCACAAUUUUGUACUGUGCACGUUGGCGUUGGUGUUCCUUUUCCUGUUGCCGUUCGUCCUCUUCCCGUUUUACUCCAGCGGGGUCGGGGCGUUGGUCACCGAGGUGGCGCAAGGAUCGGCGGCCGACGGGCCGAGGGGGCUGUCGGCGGGCGAUAUCGUCACAGGAUUGGAGGAGUGUCCCGUGGCGAGCGUGGACGACUGGAACGAGUGCCUGGCGCGGUUAUCCCGCGCGCCGCAGACAGGGUACUGCGUGCCGGCUGACGGCCUACAACCCAGUUGGGCUCACGGACGAGCAUUCAAGCGCCUGGACGGAACAAUGGACUGCUGCAGCAAUAACAGCCUGACUGACCUCUGCUUCUCUUACAUUAAACCAGGCAGUGCCGACAGAGAGUACGCGUGCAUGCCGGUGCGUAAAAUGGUGACGGGCACGCAGGUGUGCCGCAGCGACCGCGACUGCCACGCUGAUGGCGUCUGCGUCACGCCCUCGCUACAGAACCAAACCCGCUUCAUCCGAGUGGCGCACCCGCCCGCCGCCCACAUGCUCUUCGUGGGCUACCCGCCACAUCUCCAGCACGCCGUGAGCCUGACCAACUUUGUGCCUCGCUUUGGUUUUCUCCACUUGGACUUGCCUGUUUUCUUAGAGACUUUCUGCAAGUACGUUUUCUCCCUUUCCGGCGCCUUAGCGGUGGUCAACUCUGUCCCCUGCUUCGCAUUGGACGGUCAGUGGAUGCUGAACGCUCUCCUGGAGGCCACCCUGGCCAGCGCGGUGCCGGAUCGGCAGAAGCGCGAGCUGAUCGGAUUCUUCCUGCUGUUGGCCGGCAGCGCUUUGCUAGCCGCUAACGUGGCGCUGGGCCUGUGGAUGGUGACGGCGCGCUGACAAAAAAACUGAAAUACCGUCUAACUGUGAAGGGACUACGUUACCCAUCAGCCCCAGGUUUGCCUUUUAAGAUGUCACUCAUCCACAUGGGACUUCAAAAAGAAAGAUGAAUUGGUAAUAUAUGUUUUUUAUGUGCACUAAGGAGGUUGUGUGUGGCCAAAGACAGUUUUUUUUUUUUUUAACCGAGGUAUGCAUUUCACUGUGUUGUUGAUCAAGUCCUAAAAUAAAAUGCUGUCAAUCUUUUUCAAGGUGACGUGUGGUAACCAUGUUGGCACUCUCAGGUUUGUCUCUUUGUUUGCUUGUGAAUCUAAAUGUCCAAAUAUUUGCGUGGCCUUCUGUUGACAGCUUUAAAAAUGUUCUAAAAGACAUCAUUGGAGGACAUCGAGAUGUGUACACUGGGCAAGGGUGUAGGUUUGGGCUCAACAUUGGUAGGGACGAUAUAACAGCAUAACAUGC